UGUAGGCGAAGAGCUUCAUGGGAAUUGUAGUUGGGCUGUUUCCUGCAGCAUGGCUGCUCUCCUGUAAGAUGGCAUCUUCUCCGUUGACCUUUUCAGCAUGGAAACAGAUGGCAUCGGUCAACAGAGACUCAGUAAAGCAGAGAAGAAGCUGCGGCAAAAACAGAUGAAGGCCAGGCAUACCCUGCUAAGGCACGAGGGGAUUGAGUGCGUGUCGUACCCCACCAAGAGCCUGGUGGUUGCCAACGGAGGUCUGGGCAAUGGUGUAAGCAGAUGCCAACUGCUCGGCGUGGUGCAGGAGUGUGGGCUGGUGAAAGCUCUUCUAAUGCCUCCCGGUAAACCAUAUUCGUUUGUGAAAUAUGGAAGGACAGAAGACUCCAAAAAAGCCUAUGACUCCCUCAACGGGAAGGAGAUAACAGUGGAGGAUUCUGGUCAAACUGUUGUUCUCUAUUUCAACUUUGUGGAAAAAGUUCCUUGGGAAGACAUGACACCUACAGCCUUGCCUCCUGGCCUGAAGAUAAUUGAGGAGCUGGUUUUGCCUGAAGAAGAAAAGGAACUUUUAGAAAGCAUUGAUUGGGCAGAAGAUGAAGUCACCUCAACUGCUCAGAAGUCUUUGAAACACAGGAGGGUAAAACAUUUUGGAUACGAGUUUCGAUAUGACAACAACAAUGUUGAUAGAGACAGACCGUUACCUGGAGGUCUCCCAGAUAUCUGUAACACGCUUCUUGCGAAAUGGUUGAAGAUGGGGCAUAUUAAGGAGAAACCUGAUCAACUGACUAUAAAUCAAUAUGAACCUGGACAGGGAAUCCCUCCUCACAUAGAUACGCAUUCUGCUUUCGAGGAUGAAAUCAUAGCUCUAAGUUUAGGAGCUGAGAUUGUUAUGGAUUUCAAACAUCCGGAUGGACAUGCCGCAGCAGUUAUGCUGCCUCAGCGUAGCUUGCUGGUAAUGUCUGGAGAAUCUAGAUACCUCUGGACCCAUGGCAUCACACCUAGGAAGUUUGACAUUGUUCAGGCAUCUGAAGGACAGAAAAUUGGAGCCGUCACUGCUGACAUUGGAGAUUUAACCUUGAACAAGAGAGGGGAAAGGACAUCUUUCACUUUCAGAAAAGUGAGGAGAAGCCCUUGCAAUUGCUCUUAUCCUUCUGUGUGUGACAGUCAGCGUAAGGACACAGAGCCCUCCUUCCUGGACAAUGAGAGAGAAGCCUCGAAGCUAGAAGAAAAGUAUGUCCACGAGGUGUAUGAAGGGAUUGCCACGCACUUCAGUAGCACGAGACACAGCCCAUGGCCGCGAGUCGUUGAAUUCCUGAGGACUUUGCCAUGUGGGGCUGUUGUGGCUGAUGUUGGCUGUGGCAACGGAAAGUAUUUAGGAGUCCGCAAAGACUUACAUAUGUUUGGCUGUGACCGUAGCAUGGCUCUUGUGGACAUUUGUGGAGAGAAGGGGUUUCAAGCCUCUGUGUGCGAUGCACUCAGAGUACCAGUACGAAGCAGCUCAUGUGAUGCCUGUAUCUCCAUUGCUGUCAUCCACCAUUUUUCAACAGUGGAGAGAAGGCUGGCCGCUCUCCGCGAACUAGUCCGGUUGCUGACGCCGGGUGGAAGAGCCCUUAUUUAUGUCUGGGCUAUGGAACAGGAAUACAAGAACCAGAAGUCUAAAUACCUGAAAGGAAAAAGAGCUAGCAGUGGUGCGUCGGAAGAGCUCGGCAGUGACACAGUAGAGGAAACGGGUGACAGUGACUGCCAAAGUUCAGUGCACCCCAACCAGGGCGUCGGUCAUAUCAAGAGCAGGUGCUGCAAUGCAAACCAGGCUGUUCAUGCCAAACUGCCCGUUCAUACCAACAGAACAUCCUUUGUUUCCCAAGACUUGCUGGUCCCUUGGCACCUGAAAGAUGGCAUGAAGAAAAAAUCCAGGCAUGUCCAGUCUCAUCAACCUGUGGGAUGCUCUGCAGACUCGCAGGAACUUAGUCCCAUAUUUCACCGUUAUUACCAUGUCUUCUCCAAAGGAGAACUGGAAGCGCUCUGCAAGAUGCUAGAUUGCAUAGAGGUGCAAGAGAGUUACUAUGACCAAGGGAACUGGUGUGUAGUUCUUGAAAAGCGGUAACUUGUCAACAAUACCUUGCAGGCUGCCAGAGUGGAAAGGGAACAUAUUUGACAUAAAUAUUUGCUUGCAAAAGGUGAUUUGGGCAGCCUCUUGGCUUU